GUUGACUUCCCAGCGAGUAAAAGAGAAAAUAAGAAGAAUAUCCAUCCUAUCUUGGAUUUGUAUGAAUAUACGCCGAAAUUCCUUCCAGAUUGAUCUGUUAAUUCACUUUGAACUGCAGAAGAAGCGAUUCGUAUCCUGUUCUUCGUUUUUUUGUUCCAUGCCCAGUUAACCAGUAGUUUUUACCAGUGAUUCACAAAAAAAUUUAGGGCUUCACGGUAAACACCAGCACGCCCAACAUUUGGGGGAAGAUGAAGCUUAAGCAAUUGGAAGGUCUUCUGGGUUCUCUUGAGCAAUUCUCCAACCCCAAGGUUUCCGGAAACCUAAUCUACUCUCAACUCCAGUCCUGAAAACUCUGUUCUUGCUCAUACUAUUUGUUUAUGCAUAUAUUUCUGCUUGGUUUUCGUGGGUUGUUGCUGAAUUAUCCUGGCAUGUCCUCUUUGGUGCCAUUGCAGAUUGAAUUUGAGCAAUAUCCAACUGGGCCUCACAUUGCAUCCCGAAUGUUGUACACUGCUGAGAAUUCAUUUGGGGAUGUGAGCGAUAAGGUGGUGGCAGAUUUUGGCUGUGGUUGUGGUACAUUAGGCCUUGCUGCAGCUCUCUUGGGUGCAGAACAUGUUGUUGGGUUUGACAUUGAUGCUGAUUCUCUUGAAAUUGCUCGUGAUAAUGCUGACGAGCUCGAGGUAGAUAUGGAAUUUGUUCAAUGUGACAUCAGGAAUUUAAGCUGGAAUGGCCAAAUAAUCAAUACUAUUGUUAUGAAUCCUCCUUUUGGAACAAGAAGAAAAGGCGCUGAUAUGGAUUUUCUUAGUGUAGCUUUAAAGGUGGUAAUGGAGUGCCAUAAUUGUCUUACUAUGUUUAUUUGGUUCAGUCUAAGUCCUGAGUUUAUUUUUGUCUCAGGUUGCGUCUGAAUCAGUUUAUUCCCUGCAUAAGACAACGACUAGAGAUGUGAGUUCCCCUCUUUGUAUGAGAAAGCUUCUUGAUGUAACAUUUGAGUUUAUUCCUUGCAUAAGACAACGACUAGAGAUGACUGUUUUCCAUGCCAGUUACAAGAGUUAAAUCUAUGGCCUGUAUAGCCUCCUAGCGGUUCUAGAUUGUGAUGAUUGAUUGAGAAAUAAGCUCUGUGGACAGAUUAGGUAGUCUCUGUGUGUUCUGGCUGGUUAGCCUUUUAUUGUUGGGCUUAGUGACUCUCUAUUCGAACUUUUGUUUUGCUGAUCAUUUUAGUUUUUCAUUUGGUGUUUACAGCACGUGAGAAGGACAGCAUUGCGAGAUUGUAAUGCUAGGAGUGCUGAGGUUAUAUGUGAGGUACAUCACAUAUCGUUUGAGUUCUCUGGCUAUUAAAUUUGAUGAUGUUGCUGUUAGAAUUUUAAGUCAAUAGUUUCCUUUUUCAGCUCCGGUACGAUGUGCCACAACUUUAUAAAUUCCACAAGAAAAAGGAAGUUGAUAUUGCUGUGGAUCUUUGGCGAUUUGUUCCUCAGGGAAAACAAUAAAAUUGGCCUGGGGGUGGACAAUCCAGGAGUAUAAGUAGAUCGUUCAGGCUUUGAAAAUGAUCAAAUACAUCUUAAACUGCAACGCAGUUUAUGUCAUGCAAAGGACUCAAAAGAGGCUGGAUCAUUGCUACUCACCGUUGGCCCGAGUGGACUUCCGUAGAACUUCGGGAAUUUGUGAAUCACUCCCUCUGCCCAAGACUGAUUAUGGAUUUUUUGGACAACGCAAGUAAAUUUAACCGAGCAGAAGUUAUGUUACGGAUGUCCUUGCAUCUAACAUAUAGUACUCGUUGAUUCUGAGCUUAGUGAUUGAUAUUCUUAACUUAUCUAAUCUUUUGGGCACCAUUUUCAACUGAAUGGAAAGAAGCAUUGAUUACUAAUACCGCCAUCAAUUUCAUUUACUCAAGAAACCCUUGAUAUUAAGUAUCCAAAAAAAUAGUGUACAAAACUUUGCUAUGGAGCUUCCAUCAAGGAACUCAUUUGGACAUACAUUUAUCUAUCAGCCUCUGUCUGAAACAGACUGCACCUAAAGGUAUCUUUCAUGGUUUUACAACAUCCGAGAAAAAGGGAAUAGGACGAAGAGGUGAGAAAGACUUGUCUAGAUAACAACAAAAUGAAUAUGAAUACACGAAUUUGCCAUUCUCAAUAACAAAAUUUACCGUUUUCUUCCAACGCCAGCCCUUCGGAAAGUGAAAGUCAGAGCACUUAGUUUACUGCAACAGCUGGUUCUUCUUCACUUGAUUCUGCCGGUUUACUUUCCUCACCGAGAGUAAAUUUGGUGAAUCUUCUAACUUUUAUGUUCUCCCCAAGAGCCGCAACGGUUUGCUUUACCAAGUCUUUUACCAGCAAGCUGUCAUCCUUGAUGAAAGGCUGUUCCAGAAGAGCAAGCUCACCAAGCCUCUUUGAUAUCCUUCCUUCGACAAUUUUCUCCCUUAUAUUCUCAGGUUUCGACUGGAGGUCCUCUCUCUGCAUCUCCAAUUCUUUUUCCUUGUUAACAAUUUCAGCAGGAACAUCUUCAAUAGACACAUAUUGUACCUGGGGACAGGCUACAACUUGCAUUGCUAGAUCGUCAACUAAAGUCUUGAAGUUUUCACUUCUGCCAACAAAGUCAGUUUCACAGUUGACUUCAAUAAGAACUCCAAUGCGAGCAUCAUGGAUGUAGGAUCCAAUCCUGCCUUCAGCUGCAAGUCUGCUGGAUUUCUUGUCAGCAGAAGACAGACCCUUCUUUCUCAGAUAUUCCUGUGCCUUUUCAAGGUCCCCACCAGUUUCAGAGAGGGCUUUCUUGCAGUCCAUCAUACCUGCUCCAGUUUCUUCUCGCAGUUGUUUGACCAGGGAAGGAGAGAUAGUUGCUUUCACAGGC